UGCAGUCAGCUGUCACUCAGCGAGAAGGCGGAUUCAGCAAGUUUGGUUGGAUCCGGUCCGGGAUCAUAGGAAGAAAGAGAAAGAGGAAAGCGGCAGGAAAAUGCUACCCCUCUCAUUACUGAAGACAGCACAGAAUCAUCCCAUGCUUGUGGAGUUGAAGAAUGGGGAGACGUACAACGGUCAUCUGGUCAGCUGUGACAACUGGAUGAACAUCAACCUGCGGGAGGUCAUUUGCACAUCUCGGGAUGGUGACAAGUUCUGGAAGAUGCCAGAAUGCUACAUCCGUGGCAGCACCAUCAAAUACCUCCGGAUCCCCGAUGAAAUCAUUGACAUGGUGAAAGAGGAGGUGCUUUCAAAGGGCAGAGGUCGAGGUGGCCUCCAGCAGCAGAAGCAGCAACAGCAGCAGAAGGGGCGAGGUGCUGGCGGCGGGGCUGGGCGAGGAGUGUUUGGUGGCCGUGGUCGAGGGGUGGGCGGAGCAAACCGAGGACAAGAGAAGAAACCAGGAAAACUAUCGGGAGUGAAGAAGCAGUGAGGAGAGCAACAAGUGUGUGUUUGUGCGCGUGCGUGUGUGCGUGUGUGUGUGUGUGUGUGUGUGUGCGUGCGUGUGUGUGUGUGUGUGUGUGCGCGCGCUCAUCCACUAGCUUCUGAUGGUCUUUGCUUUCUGUAUAAAUUGUGUACAUGAGUGACAAAUCCACGACUGGAGAUUGGUUACCUGGGUUUUGUAAAUUAUAAAUAAAUUGUGUUUGAAGGGAGUCUAAGGAGCAGAUUUCUUUACCG